CAAGUGUUUGCUUCAGUCCAAUUAGAAAAUGACCUGCCCGGAUCUGGAAUAACCUAAAUCUACUUCCGCUUGUAUUUAUACCGUUUCUCUUCAGUGUACCAUUUGAUCGGAUCUACCAUCUCUCUCUACCCCUCAUCUCAAUUCAUCCGAUCUACCAGUUCUCUCCGAUUUCCGGCUCCUCUGCCGUCGGACGCAGUCUACGCCACGCCGUUCGUCUAACAUCCCGAGUAGCAGGCAGAGGAUAGUGUAAAGAGAAAGCAUCAAAUAGUAGAGGAUGGGGCGUGGAGUUAGUGCUGGUGGUGGGCAGAGUUCUUUGGGGUACCUGUUUGGUGGAGAUGCGGCUCCUACCAAUAAUAGAACUACUCCAGCAGCAGCAGCAGCAGUUCAGAAAAGCACCCCUCCUGCAGAAAAGGUGGUUUCCACUACACCACCCUCUGCUGCUGUGGACAAUAGCAAAGUUCCUGCUGGCAUUCACAGCUCCAACGCAAACAAUUAUGUUCGUGCUGAUGGUCAGAACUGUGGCAACUUCAUUACGGAUAGGCCAUCAACCAAGGUCCAUGCUGCACCUGGUGGUGGCUCUUCACUUGGUUAUCUAUUUGGUGGUCCAGAGAAAAAGAAUUGAACCACUUAAAAGUGUUUGGUUUGGGAGUCGCUCUCUCUCUCUACCUGUCAAGAAUAUAAAUGUUCUAAAAUGUCUGAUGUCUGAACUUGAUAUUAAAUGUAAUACUUUGGUUCACUUGGAUUUGUAUUUGAUGCAUUUUGUAAUUGAUUUCUAAGUGUGAUGAUAAAAUGUUAUUACAAUGAUGAACUUGUUCCUUUGCAAUUAUCCACUUUUGUGUUCAGAUUCUGAAUGGUUAACACAUGUUUGGACGACGCAACCUUUGUCACUGUGCUUUGAUAUGAUGAAGAGAUUAUUUAUGUUUGGAUGAAUAGGUAGGGUGAACCAAGUCGUUUCUGGAUUGCUGGCUUGCUCCCAUUCCAAUGCAAUUUGUUUUUCCCAUUUAAUGUAUUAGUAUUAUUGCAUCCUUAAUGGAUUGCCACCUUGAUAAAAUAAACAUUGGGAUAAAAAUAACUUCUCCAAUAGAACUGCCUAUUUAUUAGUUGGAAUUGAAAUUAUCUCCCUGUCAAAUGCCCUGUCCAGUCUCA